AUGCACCAACAAACAAAAGUGACCUUCGGUAUCGUGAUUCCGGCUGCUGGGAGAGGGACACGAGCAGGUCAGGGUUGUCAAAAGGCCUAUCGUCGAAUCUCAGGAGACACAGUGAUCAACCGUACUGUCAAGCUAUUUCGCUCGUGGAAUGCAAUUUGUCCAAUCGUGAUUGUUCUUCAUGCCGAUGACACUGCCUUGCUCGAGGCUUCUAUCGACUGCGACAGCAACAUUUAUACUACAGAUGGCGGUGCCGAGCGAGGAGAAUCGGUUCUGAAGGGUCUUCGCUUCCUUUCUACAUUGCAAGAUGCCCCAUCACAUGUCUUCAUUCAUGACGCAGCACGGCCUUUCGCCUCCCACCAACUGCUGGACAGUGUAUCCAAAUCCAUCCACCAAGAACCUUCGGUUGGCGUGAUUCCCGGCCUUGCUGUUGCAGAUACCCUCAAGAAAGCCGAUUCAAAUGGCCGCAUUACAGCAACUGUCCCUCGAGACGGACUUUUCCGUGCUCAGACACCGCAAGGAUUCGACCUGAAGAUGAUCCUCGAUGCACAUGAAAAAGCUGCUACUGCUGGAAUGAAUUACACAGAUGAUGCCGCCCUAUUCGAAGAACUGGGAUUCCCUGUUCGCAUCGUCCCCGGCGAAUCGGAUAACAUAAAAUUAACAUAUAGCGCGGACUUUGAAAAGGCAGAGCGAUUCCUACAAGUGAAGCGUCCUACAAAAACAUUCUUACCAGAUGUCCGCGUCGGUCAUGGCUACGACACACACCGACUCGUCCCCGGUGAAGAGAUCACCCUGUGUGGCGUCAAGAUUCCGCACAAGGCAACGCUACUAGGCCACUCCGAUGCGGAUGUCGGUCUACACGCUCUGACGAAUGCAUUCCUCGGCACGAUUGCAGCGGCUGAUAUUGGGUUUCAUUUCUCUGACAAGGAUCCUCGGUGGAGGGGUGCUUCCUCUGAUAAGUUUCUGCAGCAUGCUGCGAAGCUUGUCGCUGAGGUGGGUGGUACUAUCACGCAUUGUGACGUGAGCUUUGUGUGCGAAUUACCGCGCAUUAGUCCCCAUCGUGAAGCCAUGCGGGACUCUGUGGCGCGUAUUCUCGGAUUGGAUCGGAGUCGUAUUUCUGUUAAAGCGGGGACAAAUGAGAGGAAUGGAUUUGUGGGACGCGAAGAGGGUAUUGUGGCGUUGGCUACUGCUACUGCGGUUUUCCCGGGUUAUGUUUAA